AUGGAGAGGUUGGAAUUGUGGGAUCACUUGUAUUACUUGGCAAGUGAUAUGGAAUUACCAUGGUUGGUAGGAGGGUAUUUCAAUGAGGUAUUGCAUGAAGAUCAAAAAAUAGGGGGACUUCCAGUACACCCUCCUAAAUAUGAGGAUUUUGCAUUUUGUGUAAACUCUUGUGGUUUGUUUGAGCAAGGGUACAAAGGAAGUCGAUUUACAUGGUGGAAUGGGAGAUCCAAUGCAGAGUAUAUAUUCAAGAGAUUGGAUAGGAGUUUUGUGAAUUUUCCAUUUCAUAACAUGUUUCCAAAUAUUGAAGUUGAAUAUCUAAUCAGAACUGGAUCACAUCAUGCACUAUUGCUAAUGACAUGUGGGGUGCAGACAACCAAUUUUGUCAAGCCUUUCAGAUUCUUGAACUUUUGGACAAAGCAUGCUACAUUUAUGGAUGUGGUGAGGCAGAAUUGGGAAGCUGAUUUCAUAGGGGAUCCGUUUUUGAUGUUCAAGAAAAAUAUCAAGAGGGUGAAGGCAACAUCUCAAAAUAGAGUAGGGAACACUUGGUGA